CAAAAUAGAAAAGUCCACACUCUCUCUUCAGAGCCGAUGCACGCACGCGGAAAACGAACAAAAUUAAAACACCGCCAAAACAUUUGAGUGUGUACGAAACCGUGAAAUUAAAACGUUCUUUUUCUAAAAUAAAUAGCAGUGCUAAUUUUUGUAAAUACGUCCAUUCACGAUGAUUGCCCGGCUGCAAGUGGCGGCCAUCUUGUUUUUUAUUGUAAACUAUUGUGCCGGUUGUGAUGUUGACAUGGCAGUGUAUAAAGUGACAGUGAAGUUUUUGUGGACCGAGGAAACAUUCCCAAAAGAUUAUCCGUUGCAUCGGCCGAAAGCGCAAUGGUCUGCAGUUUUUGGUCAAUCCCACAACACCUCCUACAAGUUGUACCACGUCGGUGAAGUAGCCAGACAGACGGUACGGAACUUUGCUCAAUACGGGAAGCUAGAUGCUCUGGUCCAGGAAGGAGAUGAUGAUGCCAGCGUGUAUGAUCAGUUCUCUGCUUCAGCUGUGGGAGCGGGUACAGGGGAGACCAGUAACAUGGUGUUUGUUGAUGGAGUUCAUAGUCAGGUAUCGCUGAUAUGCCGCCUGAUACCAUCCCCGGAUUGGUUCGUCGGCGUCGACAGCCUUGAUCUCUGCGUGGAUAACUCUUGGGUUGAUCAGAUAACUCUCGACCUCCGACCGUUAGAUGCGGGAGCAGCAAGCGGGCUAACAUUCACGGCGCCCCGCUGGGAAACCUCCCCCCCGGAGCCCGUGGCGAAGCACGGCCCUCGCCAGCCCAACCAUCCAGCCGCUGGUUUCUAUUAUCCCGGCUUGAAGGAACUGCCUACGAUAGCUAAAGUGGAGUUUAAUAAGGUAAAGGAAUAUUCCACAAAAGAACUGAACGACUUAGCACGAAAAGAACUCUUAGUGAGCCUCAAGUUAAAAGACAAAAAGAAGGGUUUGCCGCGACGAAAAGUUAAUCUCCUUGAAGAGUUCAGGGAAUUUACAACUAAAAGUUACAUGGAACAAUUGAAGGAUUUGGAAGAGGUCCCCGUUGGCACCCCGAGGUCGAACGUUCCCGACAAUAAUGUGGUCGUGGUUACAAGAUCGCCUGUUACAACGACAACGGAAAAAGAGUUUGACAGUGAGCUUAAAAAUAUGGAUGACGUCGUACUUGCCGUAGCACAUGGGAAGAAAUUAGGUCUUGGCAAACAUCUGCCUAGGCAUUUCAGAUCUCGCUUGCAUCACGCUGUUAAUAAAAUACAACCUGACGACUGCCUAGUUUCGGAAUGGAGCGAAUGGUCGCCAUGUUCCGUGACCUGCGGCUUUGGGGACAAGUUCCGUACAAGAAGUAUCCUCAGGCAGGCUCGAGGGAAAGGCAGGGACUGUCCAUCUCUAAAGGACAGAACGCACUGCGGGAACAUCAAUUCUUGUGCCCAUAUCGAUUAUUUUGAAUGGUGAUUUAGUGCUUUAGUUUGUGUAGUGUUUAAGUUUUGAUAUUGUAUUGAGAUAUUAAAAUGUUUACAAGGUC